ACAGCAUUGAAGAACGCUUUCCGGCUCCAUAAUUCAGGGCUGAGCGAAAAUGAUGGCUCUGGUUCCUGCUCCGGUGUGCACCACUCCCGUCUCUUCCCUUAUCCUCCUCCCCCAGACCCGCGCGCGCUCCGGCCGCUCGUUCGCUUGCCACCGCUCGCCCUCGCCCCCGCCCUCGUCCUCUCCCCACUCUCAGGGGGAUUCCACGUCCGCCGAGCCCCCUCAUUCCCUUGCCUCCUCCGCCCCCUUGCUGGAAUCCAAGACUGCCCACUCUGCCCCCGCCUUCACCUACAAGCUCUCCGCCGACCGCACCGCUGACUCCGUCGUCCGUCUCGAUCCCUCCGCGGAAUCCGCAGUCGAAAGGGUUAUUUUUGAUUUUCGCUUCUUAGCCCUUUUGGCUGUUGGGGGUUCACUUGCUGGUUCUUUGUUGUGCUUUCUAAAUGGUUGUGUUUACAUAGUUGAUGCAUACAGGGUUUAUUGGACAAGCUGUAUCAGAGGGCUUCAUACAGGGCAGAUGGUCCUGCGCCUAGUUGAGGCUAUUGACGUCUAUCUUGCUGGAACUGUAAUGUUGAUAUUUGGUAUGGGUUUAUAUGGAUUGUUUAUUAGCAAUGUAAAUCCUGAAGUACCUUCUACGGUGGAUCGUGCUCUAAAAGGAUCUUCUUUGUUUGGGAUGUUUGCUUUGAAGGAAAGGCCGAAAUGGAUGCAAAUCAGCUCACUUGACGAGUUGAAGACCAAGGUCGGACAUGUUAUUGUUAUGAUCCUCCUGGUAAAAAUGUUUGAAAGGAGCAAGAUGGUGACAAUUGCUACAGGAAUGGACCUUCUUAGCUACGCUGUGUGCAUUUUCUUAUCAUCGGCCUCCUUGUACAUUCUUCAUAACCUUCAUAAGUCGGAGUGACAUAUGUUUGGGUCAUAUUGCCGACUUCAUUGUCUAUAUCAUAUAUCGUGAGAUGUAAUUCUGGCAAUCAUAUAAUUUGAUUUACAAGUUAUAGCAUUCUGAUGUAGUCAUCACUUCAAUAUAUAUUCAUCAGCAAUUUACAGCAGGCAUCUUGCCUCAGUCUA